CCCGGGGCGGCGGAGGCGGCCGCGCCCGCCGCAGAGGAGUGCCGGGAGGCGGCUCAGCUGGUGGCGGCCAUGGAGGAGCUGCGGCGCGCAGGGUGGUACUGGGGCAACAUGAGCGUUGCCGAAGCCAAGGAGAGGUUGCAGGAUGCCCCCGAAGGGACUUUUUUGGUUAGGGACAGUUCGCAUUCCGAGUAUCUGCUGACCAUCUCGGUCAAAACCUCGGCGGGACCGACCAACCUGCGCAUCGAGUACCAGGACGGCAAGUUCAGGCUGGACUCCAUCACCUGCGUCAGAUCGAGGCUCAAGCAGUUCAACAGCGUCGUGCACUUGAUCGAGUACUACGUUCUGAUGUGCAAGGACAGAACCGAAACGCCUUCGAAUGGGACGGUCCACCUCUACUUGAACAAACCCCUGUACACGUCAGCCCCGUCUCUGCAACACCGCUGCAGAAUAACUAUAAACAAAUGUACGAACCAGAUCUGGGAGCUGCCGUUGCCAACAAGGCUAAAAGAGUACUUGAAAGAGUACCGGUACCAGGUAUAAAUGUCUUUUCUAAAUGCCUCUAACGUAGAGUAACUUUUAAAUGCAAUUCUUAAAUUCAGCCAAAGAACUGAGUAACCAGUUGUACAACUCAGCGUGGAAUUCACUAUCAAAACAGUGGCAGUUCUGGGGAAAAGGUUUUUAUUUCAGAUGCCACAAAGGGAGACUUUAUGUAGAAUUAUCCCCGCUUGCAUCCCUGGGGUUGGACAAGGUGACACGCUGUCCCUGCAGGGGGAGCAGAGCCAGGAGGCUGUCUGCAUGGCAUUGCUUUGUCAAUGGGGUAAAGUAGUACCGUGUAAGGACGGAACGCUGACUGAGCGGGAUGGGGAGAGGCUGCGGAGUGUCAGAGAUGUGCAGGAGUGCAUGAGGAGCUCAGCUGUCUAAUUCUGAGAUUCAUGUGGUGCCGGUGUUCGUACAAUCCUGAAAGUUUAAUUGGAUCACACUGUGAUAAUCUUGCCAAAGUUAUGCAACUAAUCAAAUCCAGUCAAUAGAGUGAUCAUCUAUCCAGUUUUUAUUGAACUCUGAUUUUUGUGCUUUUCUGCAAGGAAAGGUGUACUGUAAGCAGUUUUAAACCUUGUUUUUCAAAGUUCUCUAAAAGUUGAUGUUAAGGAGCAAAUGCCACAUCUUUCAUAGGAACCCAGUAUGUUGCUGAUUAUACCAGAUUGGUAUCCCAGAGUCUUUGUUAACAUGUUAACAUCUUCCCGGUGGUGAAUAUAUCCAUGUUGUUACUAUUAAGCCUCUUUUGGUUGAGGCUUUAGGACUCCACGCUGCAGAGCUGCAGCCGCUCAGUUCCGAUGUCAGAACAUGGAUAUCAGCAGAUACAGCUGUCUUCUACAGUGUAGAAUGUUUUCUUCAGCUUGUUUCCCAAAAUAUGGGGAUAUUUGGAUUUAUUUUUUUUUUUUUUUUGAGGGGAAUGGUUUUUGUGGUUUUGUUUUGUUUUGUUUUUCUUCUAAUUCACGAAUGUAGCUCUCAGACUAUUACUCAAUAAAAUCAAUCAGAUUGCACAUCUAUCUUCAUCUCUGUAUGUAUGGAUCUGCUACUCUUCAGGAAAGAGUGACACUAAGGACCCCUAGCAUUUCCCAUCUAAUACCUACAUAAGUGGACAUGUAUCAGUGACGAUGAGUACCCUCGCUUUGCCUCUGUGGUGCUGCUCACAGGUACAGCUGCCUGGUGUUCAGAUUACUGCCUUAUAAGCUGCCUGCUGAAUUCCUACAGUUAAUUAAGUUGAAUAUUAGCAUAGGACUUUGAUUUGUGUAUUACGGCAGUCCUCCGAAUGGGAAGAUGGGGCUAAGACCCUCAGUAUCCUUUCCUCUCUCUAAAUGUAAAGCAUUUAACAGAAGAAACAUUCCAAUUUGGGAGUAAUAUGGGAUCAGUGAAGAGGGAAACUAGAGCAUAGAUUCAUUCUCAUUAACAGUUUCACAGUUUUAACUCUUUUCCUAGCUUAACUUAAUUAAAGCAAGAAGACUUGUGUUUGAACAAGGAGAGUUGUCAAGACUUGCUGCAGUCUAGCCCUGCCCAGGCUGAAACAGAAACAACAGAAAACAACUUUGUUUUCCCUGUGCCUUAGCUGCUCUGCAGCGCUUCUGAGCAUAACUGAGUAAAUAAGGGGGAACUGACCAGCUCAUGGCAUUGCACCCAGACGUCUCAUGCCAGGCACUGCGAUUCCAACAAGCACAUGGGCAUGGGAGACCAACAAGGCUGAGGGGAUGUUCCUUGAGCACCACGAGUGCUCAGUGUGCCGUUGUUUCCUCUGUGGAAAGGUGACUUCUCUCCUUCACUCAGCUUGCAUUCUCUGCCCGAAUUUCAUGUCGAGAUGGGCUGGGGGCAGUCUUCUCCUGGAAAACAAAAAAGAUUUUGUUACGUAAUUUUUUUCCCCAUGCCCUGCCAAGAUGCAGCAGUGCUGGAAGGUUUCCACCCUCUGCGUCCCACCCCAGCAGAACUGUGGCACCGCAGGGACGUAUCACCGCGACCUGCCUGCCCUGUCCUUGUCACCUGGCUGACUGGCACCUGUCAUCUCAGCACGACGAGCAACUGCUGUGGUCAGCAGAAACACUUUUCAUUCCAGUAAAUGUGCAUUUUUUACAGCUCUUGCCUAACCCUAACGCAGAGUUGAGGUGGCUGCUGUGUGGAAUAAGCAGCACCUGUCAGGGUGAGGAGAUGCCCUGGCCCACUGCCAUGCUCACUGCCCGUUCAUGGGCACACGCCGCCAAGAUGGCGCCCGCCACGGCACUGUGGGACUCGGUGUGAGCACGGUGCAUUCAGCACCCUUACAACGGGUUCCCUCCGGACAGCCCCUGGCUUAGCGAUCUGAAACAGAGAGCAGCUGAGAGAGGCUAGUGAGGUAUGGGGAACAGUGGGGGGCAGCUGGAAGGGCCUGGUGCCCGCUGCCAGCCGUGGAAGCCUGCCAGGCCCUGCCCUGUCCUGCCCAACGAUGCCAGGCUGAGGCAUGAGAGGGCAGAGGCUGUGCAGCCCUCGGGUGUUCGGCACCGCUCCACAAGGCACACGGGCUGAGGGUGAGGGGUGAAGAGGGGGAAAGGUGGCGACGGUCAUAAUUAAGCGGCAGAGGUCCCCAUGCUGCACAGUCACAUUGCUAAACGCGCAGCACCCUGACAGGUACUUCCUCUCCUCAGUAUUGGAUGCUGGGAGGAGGGAGCAGGGUCUGCAGCAGCGCUGUGCUGGAAGCAAUGAACAAUAUUUUGAACAGACUGGAGGGGGAACUAGACCUCUUUGUAUGAGAGCAGAGCUCUUGUCCUCAUUAGGAUGCCAGCCCUAGGGCUGAUGCACUCACACAGCUAAACUUUGCUUGGCUUGCUGCAAGCUCUUCUCCAUCCUAGUGCAGCACAGGGGAAGGACUUGCUCUGGAAUAAUAAAAUACAAAGAUAGCACGUGAUUCAGAUCACAGUGGUGAAAAAAUCUUGCAUGAAGACUCCUUGAUUUUUCAGGCACGAUCAUUUGCCCAAACAUUUUAAAGAAAGACCCAUUGCUUCUUAAAUUUAGUAUUACUUUAACUGCUGGCCCUUCAGAUCCCCAAAAUGACUUCUAACUGACAAAUGUCAACCUGAAUUGCAACCACGGAGUGUUUGGUGAAGGCAGUCUCACAGAUUUAACACCUCUGAGUCGACCAAAAAUCAUCAUCAGGACUUUAAUCACAAGUUUCUUUUCCUCUCAUUUUUCAUUUUUCAGUCUUGAGGCUCCAGAUUUUUCAGCCUGCGCCUGAAUAUUAGUCUCAGAAAAUGCCUUUGCUUUGAUAAAUGAAAGGUGAGAAACCCACGACUGUAAAAGUAAAUUGUAAAAGCUAAUUUUUAUUUUUACUUUUUUGUGAGAUGGAUGGUGAAAGUAGAAUUGUGCCGGGAUAUAGCUGAGCGCUAACGCCAACACAAAUGUGAGAUACGGUUCCAUUUCAGCUGUUCGGGCAUUCCUCUGCCACCAGCGUUAGCACCAGAGACAGAAAAUGGUUCAGUACAGGAUGGGUGGGCAGAGUGGGAGUAUAACCAAACAGCUGCAUUCAUUGCAUUCUAAUUGAUUUUAUUUCCCUCUGAUCUCAUCAGCAUCAUCCUAAUUGCAAUUUAUGUAACCACGUUCUAGAUGUACAGUAUGUAAUUGUUGGUGAGCAGGAGAACGGUGCACUGGAAUAUGAGGUGGGAGUUGUUUAUUUUUAAUCUCAGAACAAUCUGCCACUUGCACCUCGCUAUAAGCUGUGGAGUUUUGAAAUCUAAAACCCUCACUGAAUUUCACCCCCUUAAGAAAAAAAAAAAUCUAAUUACAAUAGGAAAGACAGUGCUGUGUAGCUGCAUGAAUUUGUAUAUGUUGGUAUAUGUUACCUCUUGUGUCUUCGGAAAGUGUUUCUCUGGAGAAAUGAUCUUGUUGCAGAGUGUAGAAAAGCUUUAUUUACUCACAUAUUCUAUUCUAUUCAAGAGUUUUUCCUUGUAUUCCUGGUACAAUUCCUAUGGAUUUUUGCUUGUCGGGCAGUGUAUUGCUUUGUUCUUCACCCAAAGCACACGAUGGGUAUGGGUGGAGAUGUGGGUGUUGUGUCUGACAGUCAUUUGAAAUAAAGUAAAA